UAUCUCUCAACUUUCAUUUGUGUCACAGGUUUGUGAUGAUGAUGACCCAAAGGGACGUUUUACAUCACUCUUAGAUAAAGAAGAGUUAAAAACCUAUUUCUUAAGGUUAAUCGAAAAACUACUCGAUCAAUUUUUUUUUUUUGCAUUAAUCGUGUUAAAUGAUAAUUAGUGCAUGUUAAAUCUGGGCUUUGCCUCGUUCCCUCUCUCUAGUGCCGCCGUCUAGGCGGCCUAGGGUUUGUCCGGAGACGGCUCUCCGCCGUAUCUCCGAGUCUUUAUUUGCUAGAUGUCUUUUUGGAUUGUUUGGAAGAUGCUGUCUAUUGUCGAAAAUGUUGUCCGGGUUCCUCGUUUCUCCGAUCGCGGGUUUCGAUCACAAAGAAGGUCUAGCCCGUUGAAUACGAUGAUGAGACGAACGGCGGCUGUUUCGAGGCGGAUGGAUCGAAGGAGCCUUGAGAUGCGGCAAGGGGAUGGCAGAAGGUUCAAGCAACAAAUUUUCAUGGAAAGCUUCGGGGACAUGUCUGAUGGUGAGGUUGUGGCGAGUGAGCGACGGGCGCGACCCCCUCUUGAGCCGCCGCCAUGGAGUGCAAGCAAAUCUAGGGUUUUGAAGAAGAUUUAUUUUAUUGGUUUUGUUUGUUCUUUCAGUGAUUGUUAUGUCUGUCUUGCUAUUUGCUUUUUAUUUAUCGUUCCUGUUUGUAAGACGUUGGUUUUGGAUGUGGGGGAUGAGGGGAAUCUGGUAACCGAGUUAGGCUUAUUGUUUCCCGAUUAUGGAUCAGCGUAUUAUAUUGCUACGACGAUUAAUUCCGAGUAUGGUUUGAGGGAUGACG